AUGAUUUCAAAUUAUUUAUUUAUUUAUUGUUAUUCAGUCACCACUUUCUUCGUGUUCGUGAAAGAUGUAUCUGCACUGAUUAGAGUUCGAGAUAAUUGGAUGGUCGACGAAUAUGACAGAGUGCGAUUGUUUCAUGGUUUCAACUCCGUGAAAAAAGGUCCGCCGUGGUUUGACGAGCAAAUUUUGAACGAAACACGUUUGCUCUAUUAUAAUAGGUGGGGUUUUAAUGUCGUUCGAUUGGGGACAAUGUGGUCAGGAGUAGAACCAAGCGAAAACGAGUUCAAUGAAACUUAUAUUGAUAUUUUGUACAAAAUAACAGAAACUUUGGAUAAAUAUGGAAUGAACGUCAUAUUAGAUGCUCAUCAAGAUGUAUUUUCAUCUGCCGUUUGUGAGGAUUGUUACGAUGGCUUCCCUAGGUGGCUUAGCAGAAAUUUCACUCCAAGCAUUUUGAAAUAUCCCUGGCCAUUCAAUUAUAUUUCAGGUGAGAAUUGGGCUUUAGGAUAUUUAACUUAUUCAGUCAGUUCAGCAUUUCAACAGUUUUAUGACAACACUUCUGGAUCUGCUGACAAAUUUGUUAGAUUCUGGGUAAAGAUUGCUGAAAAAUUUAAAAAUCAAAACAAUAUCCUUGGUUAUGAACUACUGAAUGAACCUUGGGCAGGUAAUGUAUUUUAUAAUCCACAAUUAUUACUACCAGGAAUUGCUGGGUAUCAAAAUUUAAAACCAUUAUAUGAUAGACUAUUUGUUGAAAUUAGAAAAGUAGAUGAUCACACAAACAUUUUUUAUGAGCCAGUAACUUGGGGAGUGCUUGGAAGGAGUGAACUGUUUGGAAGUGGUUUCAAAGAACUUCCAGGUGGUGAAUCAUUUCAGAAUAGAAGCGUUUUCUCCUAUCAUAUUUAUUGUUGGGUUAUGAAUGUUAGUGCCUUACAUUCCAAAUAUCCAUGGCCUUUGAAAGCUUUGUGUGACAGCAUACUAGCCAGUAAUAUAUUUCUCACUGUUGCUGAUGAUAUUCUAAAAACGGGUGGUUCUUCAUUUUUGACAGAAUUUGGACUUUGUGAGCCUGAUGGCAAUCCUCUCAGCAUCGACACAAUGGAAUGCGAUUUCAUUCUGGAUAAAUCUGAUGAGCAUCUUCAGUCAUGGACUUAUUGGGACUCAUUAUUUUUCGAUGAUAACGGAUUUCCGAAGCCUGAAGUAAUAAAAUCAUUUUCGAGGCCUUAUGCAAUGGCCACGGCAGGCAUUCCAGUCAUGAUGAAGUUUGAUUUAGAUGAACAAAUCUUUCAAUUUGAGUUCAGAUCUAGAACAAAGAUAAGAAGUUCAACAGAGAUAUUCAUUCCAAUCAUUCAUUAUCCUGAUGAACUGCUUGUUGACACACAACCUCUGCUGAAAUGGAUUUAUCAUAAGAAAUCAUCUUUAUUUAAAAUUUAUACAUUCCAUUUGCUUGAUAACACUCUUGUUAAGAUAACCAUUAAGCCUUUGCAUUGA